GUUCGACGCAUGAAAAACUCGUAAUGGGAUCUAUUUUGCUAGGUUCACAUUUCCCAUAUUAUUGCCUGCAGUUGUCCUGUCAUUCAAGUGCACCGGAUAUCGAAAGAUGAAACAGGGUCAUUUUUUUAUGAAUCCAGCUUCUUUAGAAAUGUGGCUUAUCUAUUGCAUUCCCCUAUUCUUCAUGGUACCAAUAGCUACCACAGAAUAUCCCGUUGGCUUCAAAUACGAGCAUUUGAUGGAUUCUAUUUUAGAUUUCUCAAUUACUGGCUUCAAUCUUCUGGUCCAAAACAGCCCUCAACAAGGCAAUAUACUCUACUCUCCUUUCAGUAUAUACAGCAUACUAAUGAUGGCUCACCUUGGAUCAAGAGGGAAAACUGCUCAACAAAUAUGCAAUACUCUGGGAAUUUGCCAUUUCAACAAGACAAUGAUCCACGAGGCAUUCGGACAACUUUGUAAAGAUUUGACAGCUGACAACAGCCUGAGGGAUUCUUUGGAAAUUGCUAACGGUUUCUUCGUGCAGCAAAGUUCGAAUAUUUCUCGCUAUUACGAAAACGCCUUACGAUAUAUCUACGCUGCAUCUUUGACAGAAGUGGAUUUCAGGAACACAUCUGCUUUAACUGCUGUCAAUUCUUGGGUGCGGCAAUCCACCAAGGGCAAGAUACAAGCCGUUCUUCAUAAGAGUCCUAGUCAGGCCACGAAAAUGAUGAUCGUUAAUGCUGUCCAUUUCAGAAGCCAAUGGAAAUGGCAGUUCAAUCCUCAAGCCACUGAACCCAAUGGAUUUUUUUACGUGACACCCCAUCAUCGUGUUCAAGUGCCAAUUAUGUCUGGAAAGAUGCUCGUUGCUCUUGGUCAUAGCCCAUCCAUUUCAGCCAGUAUCCUUGAACUGCCUUUUGUACAGCCACGUGUAUCCAUGUUCUUAAUACUCCCAGACAAUGCAAGAGGAUUCCUUCAGCUAAAUGCGACGUCUUUAAAAUAUCUUAUAGGCACAAUGCAGAAACAAGAAGUCAAUAUCCGUUUACCACGUUUCACAAUUGACAGGAGUCCACAGCUGACUGGCUUACUGUGGACAUUAGGAAUCAAAGAUAUCUUCUCUCCGACUGAAGCAGAUUUAAGAGGGAUUUCGAAUGGAUUAUUUGUGACAGAUUUCAUUCACAGAGCACUCAUUCAAGUGGAUGAAAAGGGAAGUCUAGCUAAUGCUGCAACCGUGGCUUUAGCAGAAAGAAUUGGACAAGCUGAUGAACAAUACUUUGAAGCUAAUCGACCAUUUAUUUUUCUGGUAAUGGACAAAAAAUCAGGAGCUGUCUUAUUUAUUGGGCGCAUUGCUAGCUUUUGAAAAUAUAUUCUUUUCAUUUGAACGGAUUUUUCAUACUUUUAAUGUGUAUUAAAAAUAGAACUUGUGU